AUGGCGGACGAGGCAGCAGCACCCGUGGCGACGGAGCCCGCGGCCACCACUGAGAUCCCAACGCGUCCCGUAGACGCCGCAGCCGAGCCUGCUGUCGCCAAGGCGAAGCCCUCUGAGGGGGAUGCCGUCAUCGCAACCGAGGGAGUUGCUGAAGUUCCGGAGAAAGAGGAGCCUGAGGAGACUGCCACUGCCAAGCAAGAGACGACUGCCGACGCGACGACCGACGCAGCCGCUGCAAGCAACGAGACAGAUGCCGCACCUGCCGCCGAGUCUGCUGCCGAACCUGCUGCUGACGCCUCCGCCACGAACGGCACCGCGACCACCCCGGCUAAGAAGUCGAAGAAUGGCAAGCGCAAGUCAGCAGGGGGCAUGCCCGAGCACAAGGCCAAGAAGACACCCGCCAAGAGCAAGAAGAAGGCGCCUGAACUCCGUCUUGACGCUCAGCCCGGAGACAUGUAUAUGGUCGCCAUGCGCGGAUACCAGCCAUGGCCGGUCAUCGUUUGCGACGAGGAGAUGCUGCCUGAGUCUCUCUUGAGCAAGCGCCCUGUCAGCGCAAAGCGCAUCGAUGGGACAUAUCGCGAGGACUUCCUUGAGGGCGGCAAAAACGCGAAGGACCGCAGAUAUCCUAUCAUGUUCCUCGGCACUAACGAGUUCGCCUGGCAAGUCAACACUGAGCUCCUGACAUUCGAUGUUGAGGACGUAAAGAAGGACGUCGAGGCUGGCAACUCGGCAAAGAAGAACAAGGCAUUGUGGUCGGCAUACGAGAUUGCUGCAGAAGGCCACGAUCUGGCGUACUUCAAGACCAUGCUCGCAAGCCACGAGGCAGCCCUGCAAGAGGACGCUGAGGCGCGUGAAGCUAAGGAGGCCGAGAAGAAGGAGAGAAAGGAGAAAGCUGCCAAGCGAAAGAGUAGCGCUGCAGCCGGCUCUGACGAUAUGGAGAUGGAAGACGCCGGUGACGAUGCCGCUCUUUCAGCCAAGAAGGCAAAGGCCACCAAGAAGCGCAAGAAGGAAGACGACAGCGACGGUGGCGAGCCUGCAGCGAAGACACCUAAGACUACCAAGCUGAAGCUCAACAACAAGACCCCUAAGGAGGGUUCUGCUGUGAAGCCCAAGAAGGAGACGAAGUCGAAGAAGAAGGCUUCGGAGGAAGCCACAUCUGCUCAGCCAGAGGAGCCGCCGAUGACUGAGGAAGAGCGUCUGGUCAAGCGCGAGAAGCAGAUUCUGUACCUCCGCCACCGCCUGCAGAAGGGCUUCCUCUCCCGCGACCAGGCUCCCAAGGACGAGGAUAUGACCAGCAUGGCUGAUUACCUGAAGCAGCUCGAACAACAUGAGGAUCUCGAGGCCGAUAUCAUUAAGAAAACCAAGGUCCACAAGGUCCUCAAGGCUAUCAUCAAGCUGGACAACAUUCCCAAGGAGGAAGUCCACAGCUUCAAGUCACGCUCCACUGAGCUGUUGAGCAAGUGGAAUGGCGCACUGGCCACUGCUGAUAGAGAGUCUGCCGAGAAGACCACACCGGCCGCUACCAAUGGCGUCAAGGCUGAUGAUGAGAAGUCUGAGUCUGCAAAGGCUGACACGCCAGCUGUUGAGAAGAAGGAAGAGACCACGGAGGAGGACAGGGAGGGGCUUAAGGAGGAGCCCAAGGACGAGACGACGGCUGAGCCCACAGAAGAGAAGGACGAAGCGCCAAAGGAGGAAGCGCCAGCUGAGUCAGCUACUGCAGCACCUGCCGACAAGGACGGUGAUGUCUCCAUGGCCGACGUCGAGGCUACCAAGGAAGCACCCGCCAUCAUCGAUGCGCCGAAUCCAGAGGGCGUGAACGCUGCCACCACUGAGUCGACGUCAGAGACGGCAGCGCCGACUACUUCUUGA